GUGAGAGAGAGGGUUCUGCAGGACACACAUGUCGCUCGCAGGUUGUGGACACAACCCGCGAAAGGAUCUCGGUGGGACAAAUUCAUUCAUUCAUUCAUGCACACACCGUUCGUACGCGGGUCCGUGGUUCUUUGCUGUGUCCCUGUGUCCACUGCUGCACUACAGUUGCGGAACAGUUUGCGGAACGGCGGGAGGGGGAAGGGCUUUGGCAAACAGGAAGCAAGGGGGUGGAGUUUCGGGUGGUGUUGUGUUUAAGGGCAACCGCAGUAUGUGCUCCGGUCGGUACGGUGGCCGCUGGAGUCUGCUGCUGCGCUUGGGGCUUGCCGUGUGCCAAUACGCGUCUGCGUCCGUCAGUGUGCGAGAGUGUAUGGGGAUUUGAGCGCUUUCUGGUGUAUGUUUGUGUGUGUGUGUGUGGUUCCUCUGCAUGGGUGGCUGUUUUCUACGCGCUCGCUCUCCGUUGGCCGCUUCCCGUCACCCCAUCCCAGACCAGCCCUGACCAGGGUCGUCUUGGUCUGCCACAGCACAGAAAAAGGGGUUUUGCGCUCGAAGUGUACGCUCGAAGGAUGCAGGUAACAAGGAGCGAUUGAAGUACACCGCCACACGGAGUACACCAUUUUCCGAUCGGAGGAUCAGGAAUCACUCGCCAGGCAGUGGGCCGAUGUAAGUGGCGUGGAGCAUCCUGCGGAGUACGUGCAGUUAACAAGGGGGAAGUAAUAACAACGAGAAGAACACUCAACAAAAGAGGCUGCGUGUGUUUACGUGUGUCAGUGCGUGUGUGUGUAAAACAGCGCUUCCGCAGCGUGUGCCAUCGCAUCAAUCAAACAUCUUAAGGCAGGAUAAGGAAAAAAGACUCGUGAAGGUACAUCCAAUCAAAGGCACCAGCCGUCGCCAAAAGCUGCCGCUGGGCCCGACGACCCCGCCAACCAACUAACGCUCGCUAGGGGUGUCCUUGGUGUGCGGGUGUUCGAGGAAACGUUCGAGGAAAUAGCCGGAGUCAUCAGCCAAGGACAACGAAGAUGAACACCGUCCAGAGUACGGGCCAUGCGACCGUUCGGAACAAGAAGGACUCGCAGUUCGAGGAAUUAACUGUCUCUUCCUCGGAAAAAAGAAAUUGGAGAGGAAUUUUUAUUGCGCUUUUAGUGAUUGCUGCCGUAUUGGGGCUAAUUGUGUUUUCCAUUCUACUUCUAUCACCAGAAAUCGAAAGCUCGAAGCUGCACGGGCGUCGCAUAUCGCUGUACGAUAUCAAAUCGGGCCGGUAUGAGUGGAACACACAGAACGGUUCCUGGAUCAAUCGGUACGAGUAUGUGUUCAUCAACUCGGAAGGUGGGCUAACGGCGCUGCAAAUCACCCACGACGGUGGUUUCCGGUUCGAGGUGCUCAUGAACAAUGCCACCUUCCGGCAGCUCAACGUUGACAGCUACGAUGUGUCACCGGACAGGAACUUUGUACUACUGUACGCCUCGAACGGUAACACGCAGCGGUACAACCGCAGCUACUACGUGUACGACCUAACUUCGUCGAACGUGUUCUCGCUGUCGGCGAAGGAAUUGGACACGACGGCACCGCAACUACAGCACGUCCUGUGGGCCCCGGUAGCCUCGAACGGAUCCAGUUACGGGGGCGAUAGGACGGCUUCGCAUCAAUCUUCCUCCUCUUCCUCGUCAUCCGGUUCGCCCGGCACCGGCACAACCUCCCAGGGUAUAGCGUACGUGCAUCAGGGUGACAUUUACUAUAAGCCGCGCGUGCAAUACGAUCUUAUCUGUCGCAUCACCACUAGCGGACGAGACGGUCCAGUAUUGAACGGUGUGCCCGAUUGGCUUUACUCGAACGUGCUCGAGCUAAAGGGCCCAUCACUACUCUUCUCACCCGACGGCCAGUAUCUAUCCUUUCUGUCCUUUAACCUCUCCAGCGUACAGGAGUAUCAAUAUCUCUGGUACGGUGAUGGACAGCAGUAUCCUAAGAUACACAGCCUCCGCUACCCGAAGGUACAUUCGGCGAACCCGAACGUAACGGUUUACGUGGUGCAUCUGGGCGUGUUGAAGUACAUCUUCCCGAAGCCGGUUAACGUGCCGGGUUACAUUCGUGCGACCGACAGCUAUGUCGGUGGGCUGAGCUGGCUCUCGUCGACGGAACUGUCGGUGACGUACGCUAGCCGGAAUCAGAGCGUCUCGCACGUACUGCUCUGCCGGGCACCAACGUUUACCUGCGUUGAGAUAUUCCAAGAGAAAGCCGUCGCCAACUCGUGGGUAUUGAUCGGCGAAACACCACUCUUCAUCCGACGUCCAACAUCAUCCCUGGACAAUUUCGCCGCCGACGCACCACAACCGUCAGCGACACCUGUGACGACGUCAACCUCGACAACUCCACCACCACUCCCACCACCGCCAACCACACCACCAGCCCCCACGAUGCCCCGCCAUCUGUACAUGCUGAAGCGGUUGAAUGUGCGUGACGGGUCGCACGGCUACUAUCGCCAUCUGGUGCUGGUACUGCUCGGUACCAAGCGCACCAUCACGCUCACGAUGGGCCAGUUCGAGGUGACGGAAAUCGUCGGGUACGAUGAGCGCCGCGGACUCGUCUACUUUAUGGCGGCACCGUACCACAAACCGGGCCAGCGCCAUCUUUACAAAAUACCGCUCGGGCUCGAGCAGAUGGCAUCGAUGACGGGUGGCAGCGCGGCAUCCUCCGCCGGUGGGUCUGGUGGCACAUCGUUCGAAUCGAACGCCGACCCUAGCCGUUCCGGGCAUAAUGCGAGCGAUGUACUGCUGCUACGCCCAUUCGGGUCCGCGGUGCCAUACUGCGUGACGUGUGGCCGUGGCCCGUCCGACGGUAGCGACGGUUCGGACGGUGGUUCGGACACACCGUCCAAGCGGCCGAACAACUGUCUCUUUAAUCGCGUAUCGUUCAACGACGACUAUACGUACUUCGUGCAGGAGUGUCUCGGACCGGAGUCACCGUCCACGUACCUGGUGGAGGCCGGUUCGGAACGGAAGGUGCGCGUGCUGAACGAUGGCAACGAGCUGCGCGAACAGCUGGUCCAGCUCGCCAAACCGCAGAUCAUGACGUUCAGCGUGCAGAUCAAGUACGACUUUAACGCGCAGGUUAAGCUGUUCCUGCCGCCCGGUGUGAAGGAGGACGACGACUUGCAGUUGCCGCUUAUACUGCACAUUGAGGCCGGUCCGGAACGGCAGCUCGUGUCGGAGGAGUACAGUGUCGACUGGAACUGGUACCUCAGCAGCCACCAGUCGUACAUUAUCGCGCAGAUCGAUGCCAGGGGGUCCGGAUUCCAGGGCGAAUCGCUCAAGACGCAAAUUCGGGGACGCGUUGGCAUCGAGGUCGAAGAUCAGCUGGCCGUGCUGAUGUAUUUGCGGGACAACUUGAAGUUGGUGGAUCCUAAUCGUAUUUGUGUUUAUGGUAAGGGCUAUGGUGGAUAUAUUGCGAUGCAAAUGCUUGCUACCGACUCAAACCAGGUGCUGAAGUGUGUAGCUGCCAUCUCGCCUAUCGUAUCGUUCCGCUACUAUAAUUCUUUCUUCACCGAGCGGUACGUGCUGCAGCAGGACGACACCGAACGGUCCCUGAUCGAAUCGGACCUGUCGACGAAGGUCGCCAGCCUCGCGUCCAAGAACUUCCUGCUCAUCCACAGUACGGCCGACUGUGUGGUGCACGAGCAGCAUGCCGCCUUGCUCACCCGUUCGCUCGUCAAUCGGGGCAUUAUCUUCCGGCAUCAGAUGUACGUGGACGAAGAUCACGAGUAUCGGAGCGUGUCCGAGCAUCUGUACCACACGAUCGAAACGUACAUUGAGGAGAACUUUGGCAACGAUAACCAGGACUGGACGUCGGCAUUCUUCCUGUCUAAAACGUAGUUCUUCCGAGGGUAAAACACAAACACAUACACACCGACACGACAGCAAAACCCAAACAUUCCCAACAACCCAAACACGUUUGAUUAAUGAUAGAGUAAUGAUAAAUAACAGAUAAAAAAAAAGAGAAACAAAACAGAAAACAAACACGCAAGUAAAUAAAAAGAAUGCAAGAAAUAAAACAGAGAGCGAGAGAGAGAGAGAGAAGGAUAGAAGAAAAAAACUGGGCGCAGGAAGAACGUAAGUAAGCGUAAAUGAGAUACAUAUAAACAAGUGGGUGUACGAAACAAACUAAAUGGCAAAACGAAACAAAAAAAAAAAACAAAAACAAAUUUAAAACAGUAACAAACACGCACACUAUACACACACACGCGCUCGUGCGCACAUAUUAUACCCGGACGCACGCACCGCCAGCCACGUGUUUGAAAAUUCAAAUUUUCAAAAAAGGAUAUUUUGCAUACCUUCAGGAGCGUUACAGCAGCAGUAGCGUUACGCGUUACGUUCGCAAAAGGAGCAAGAAGAACCGAGAUUCUUGUAGAAAAUGUUUGAACUAGGUGUGUGUGUGUGUGUGCGGGUGGAUUUAUGUGCAUCCAUGUGUGGGUGUGUGUGUGUGGUGUGAGUGUUUGUGAAUGUGUGUUGAUUGUGCGAUAGAUUUUAAAACAAAAACCAAACA